AUGGCCGCUGCGCGGGACUUGCAACAAGCCAUUUUGGAUCUGGUGGAUGAGCGUCUUAAGUCGUACGAAACAGAUGCCAAUGCCUCAUCCAGCGACGGUCACCGAGGUCAUAGUGCGCAUGCACUGGCCAUUUUAGAAAAUGCCUUUGAACAUGCGCCCAAUAUCACGCAGGCAGAGAAAUACAAACUGGCAGAAGCCACAGGAUUACAGCCACGACAAGUUACUAUAUGGUUCCAAAACCGGCGAAAUCGGCGCUCCAAUUCUCGUCGUACUACCAUAACAGAACCGGGUGUCAUCUCCGGAUCACGCGAUAUACCGCCUGCCCCCAAGCUGGAGCCACCGCCAAGUCCUCGGCAUACCUCGUCCGAGUCACAAACAUCUUCGCCGAACGUCUCGGGUCAGAGCCAUGAAUCCAACCAUGUCAAGAUCGAGGACCCUCUCUCUCUAGACUCUGAUUGGAAUCUUCCAGGCGCUGGAGAUCCAUUCGCGUUUGAAGUUGCGAACCAGCAGACACUUGGAGUGACACCUCCCUCACCUGUCAUGACGCACGUCUCUUCUUCUCAGAUGGGCCAAUCGACAUCGGAGGUUGAUCCACGGGAUACGGCACAAGGACCCACGCUGACGUUGGAUCAGUUGCUCGACAUGGACAAUGCCCAACAGUGCCUUGUAUUCAGCCCACUUGACUCACUACCUCGCCUAGACUUUGAUGAUUUGGAACUGAAUGUCCCUGCUCUUGAGCAAUGGCUUGGCUUGCCUUGUACGUCAGGCGUGACGUCUCUGCAUGUGCCUCCGCUGAGUGCCGGUGCUUUGCACGUGGCUGCGCUGGCGCUUUCCUCCCCAUUCCAGUUAUCCAAUGAGCUGCAUCGUCGUGGUAUUGAGGAGGGAUGGUCUAUGCCAGUACAGGUGUCAUCUCUUCGCCCGUACCCCCAUUCGAUGCAAUCGUUGCAUGACGAGGGCAUCUGUAUAGAAGGGGACACAAAAUCUCCCCUGGAUGGCUACGCUACGCCAGUGGAGGCCCGUGAUGACGACGUAUCUGUACUUGCGAACAGCGAUUCUGAAAAGCGGGAUGAAGAAGCAGAUGCUGAACUUGCUUACAAUGAACUACCUCAAGGUCGUAACCUAGGCACACUUUCUGCGGUGUUUUUGAUGGUGAAUCGUAUCCUUGGUACUGGUGUCUUCUCCACCACGUCGACCAUUUUGAACCAGAGCGGCAGUGUGGGUAUGAGUCUGAUGUACUGGGUAAUCGGUGGUUUGAUUGCUGGCUGUGGCUUUGCCGUGUAUGCUGAAUUUGCCAUGAAAAUGCACCGCAAUGGCGGUGAGUUGAACUACCUGCAAUACGUCUUCCGCAAACCCAACUUUCUCACCGCUUCGAUGUUUGCAGCACAAGCGCUAUUGCUGGGCCAAGCGGCCGGCAAUGCGAACGCCGCUGGCCAGUAUUUCAUUCGUGCUGGUGGUAGUGAGCCGACGCAGUGGAACUCAAAAGGUAUUGGUGUUGCUGUGAUCAUGGCCGCGCUGAUUAUGCACAGCACGAUGCUCCGUGUUGGUCUGAUUUUCCAGAAUGUAAUUGGUAUUUUCAAGGUGGUCAUCCUUCUUCUUAUUGUAUUUGCCGGCUUUGCUGCCCUCGCGGGCCAAACUGAGGGUCCCACGCCUGACAAUUUUACAAAUGCGUUUGCUGGCACACGCAGCGACAUUUACGGCGUAGCUUCAUGCAUUUACAAUGCCAUCUGGAGCUACGUUGGGUACUCCAACCUGUUUUAUGCGCUAGGUGAGGUCAAGAAUCCUGCACGCACGAUGAAAGUGGCUGGCUGCUGUGCGCUGCUCAUCCUUACUAUUCUAUAUGUGCUCUCGCAAGUGGCGUACUUUGCUGCUGUGCCGCUGGACGAAAUCCGCGGUAGUGAGCAGAUUAUCGCAGCAUACUUCUUCAAGCACAUGUUUGGCGAGCGUUCCACCAAGGCGCUGUCUGUGUUUGUGGCCCUCUCCGCUGUGGCCAAUGUGUUCGCUGUGCUUUUUUCACAGGGUCGUCUGAACCAAGCGCUUGGCCGUGAUGGUCUUAUUCCCUUCUCCAAGAUCUUUGCGUCCAACCGCCCGUUCAACGCACCCAUGGCUGGUCUUACAUGGCAUGCCAUUGUCACACUCAUUCUCAUGCUGGCGCCUCCGCAGGGCGACGCGUAUACAUUUGUCUUGAACCUAGCAUCCUAUCCCUUGAACAUUGUCAACACUGCUGUGGGUCUCGGUCUUUGCAUUACCUAUAUGCCUGACUCAUGGCGCAUUAAGCCUUCGUGGCUCCGCAACUGGGCUCCACCCUUCCGUGCCACGUUCCCCAUUGCUAUCUUUUUCACGCUCGUUUCUCUCUUCCUUGUGGUGGUUCCUUGGAUUCCACCGCCUAGCAAGCAGGAAGCCCAGUACAAAACCAUCUGGUACGCACUAGCUCCAGCUGUGGCCUGCGGUUUCUUUGUCGUUGGUGCACUAUACUGGCUCUGCUGGUACGUCAUCUUCCCAUGGGUGUUUAGGUACAAGAUUGUCGUUAAACGGUCCACGUUGCAGGACGGCACGCCUAUGACUCGCUUUGAGCAUGACCCCCCCUUUUCGUUUUGUACAUUAUUUACAUCUCGCCGUGCCUCGACGCCCACUGAGGCGGCGACAGAACCUAUGCCGGCGAACGUGAACGUCGUUUAA